AUGCCUACCACCGACUCCGACGGCGGUAAGCAGCAGCUUCAUGUGGUGAUGUUCCCAUGGCUUGCUUUCGGUCACAUCAUCCCUUUCCUUGAACUUUCUAAAUCAAUAGCCCAAAAAGGUCACAAAGUCUCUUUUCUUUCCACAACUCGAAACAUCCAACGUAUCCCAAACCUCCCUUCUCACCUCUCGCCACUUAUAAACUUGGUUCCACUCACUCUUCCACGUCUUCAUCAGCUGCCACAAGAUGCAGAGACCACCAUGGAUGUCCGCACUGAAGAUAUUCAAUACCUCAAGAAGGCUUUCGAUGGUCUUAAGCCAGAGGUCACGCGAUUUCUCAAGGCGGGUUCCCCAGACUGGAUAAUAUAUGAUUUUGCUCCCUACUGGUUGCCGGAGAUCGCUGCUGGCCUUGGCAUCUCGCGAGCCUUCCUCUCCAUAUUCAACGCAUGGUUCAUCGCUUUUCUAGGAGGAUCGCCGGAGGACAUGAUAAAUGGUUCCGAUGAUCGGACGUCGGUGGAGGACUUCCUAACGCCGCCCAAGUGGGUUCCAUUCCCCUCGAAAAUAUGCUAUCGGAGGCAUGAGGCUGACUGGAUGGUGGACAGUAGUUCUCCUAAUGCUUCUGGGGUUUCAGAUGUAUAUCGUAGCGGGAUGAUCUUCAAGGGGUCUAACUGUGUGUUCAUGAGAUAUUGCUUCGAAUUUGAACCCGAGUGGUUAACCCUUUUAGAAGAGCUACACCACCUCCCGGUGAUUCCAGUGGGUCUAAUGCCACCGACCACAUCCGCUGACGUCGGAGAUGAGAAAGAUGACACGUGGCUAACAAACAAGAACUGGCUCGAUGGUCAUCAAAAGGGGCAUGUUGUAAAACCGGCGGGUUCCUCCGAGUCAGACUCGGUUGAAUUGCCAGACGGGUUCUUGGAGCGAAUCCGGAACCGUGGGAUGGUGUGGACGAGUUGGGUACCUCAGUUACAGAUACUGAGUCAUGACUCGGUGGGUGGAUUCUUGACUCACUGUGGUUGGAGCUCGAUUGUGGAAGGGCUAAUGUUAGGUCAUCCUUUAAUCAUGCUUCCGUUUUUGGUGGACCAAGGGCUGAAUGCUCGAGCACUGGUUGACAAAAAGGUCGGAAUUGAGGUGCCAAGAAAUGAGCAUGAGGGGUCCUUCACCAAGAACUCGGUUGCCGACUCACUGAGUUCGGUAGUGGUUGAAGAUGAGGGGAAGGUCUACAAGGAGAAUGCUAUGGCUUUGAGCCGAAUAUUUGGCGACAUGAAGCUACAACAGAAGUAUACAAACGAAUUUGUAGAGUAUUUGGAAAAACAUAGGUACAACCCUUGA